UUUAUUUUAUUUUUGAAUAAAGAGAUCUUCCUCCUCUCCGAGACCGAGCAUUGCCGGAGGAGAGCAAGACCGAGACAGAAAGGGCGAUAUUUUUCACGAUUGCCCUCUCCGUCUCGAUCGACAAUAAUAAAUCAACCCCUUUAAUUACCUCUUCUUUCCCUUUUUUUCUUUUUGUGUAUACCACUCUUUGAUUUUUGAUUUCUUCUUGUUGUGUUUUGAGUGUUAUCCAUGUUUUGUGAUGCAUUUCGUUCCAAUUAUCCACGCAUUAACCCCUAGACUUUGAUGCGACGGUUGAAUGCCCGUAAAAGGGACGAUUCGAAAAUUGUCAAGAUGGAUCCGACCAAGCUGCAGGUUAGACCCAGCAGCAGAUCGAAUUUAUUCGCCAGGAACAACGCUAAGAACUCUUCUUCCAAAUCCAAAUUCUGGGUUUCUGCGUCGCUUUUCCUUGCCUUUACUUUGUUAGUCUGCUAUCUGUUCGUCUUGACGACGAAUCUGCGGAGCUCUGUGAAGAGAAGGUACGGAAUCGUUAUCGAUGGAGGUAGCACCGGGACCCGAAUCCACGUGUUUGGGUACAGAGUGGACGGGGUUUUUGAUUUCAGGGAAGAGGGAUCGGCGUCGAUGCGGGUGAAUCCUGGGUUGUCGGCGUACGCAGAAGAUCCAGACGGAGCCGGCAGGUCUUUGGAGGAGCUUUUGGCAUAUGGGAAGAAUCGGGUUCCGAGAGAUCAAUGGGGAAUCACUGAAAUUCGGUUAAUGGCAACGGCAGGGUUGAGAAUCCUGGAAGUGAAUGUACAGAACCAAAUAUUGGAGUCCUGCCGGCGGGUACUCCGGUCUUCGGGGUUUAAUUUCCGGGAUGAAUGGGCAUCGGUCAUUACAGGCUCUGAUGAAGGGACUUAUGCGUGGGUUGCUGCUAACUAUGCACUUGGCACUCUUGGAGGUGAUCCUCUCCAGACAACUGGAAUUAUUGAACUUGGUGGAGCUUCUGCUCAGGUUACUUUUGUUUCAAAUGAAUCAGUACCUCCUGAAUUCUCACGUACAGUUAAAUUUGGCAGUAUGACUUAUACUCUUUACUCCCACAGCUUUCUACAUUUUGGGCAGAAUGCAGCACAUGACUCCUUAAGAGAAGCACUUAUUUCAGGAGAGUUCAACUCAGCUAAAACUCUUCCAAGUGAAUUUCCUGUGGAUCCUUGUACCCCCAGUGGGUACUCCCAUAUUAUGGAGUCUGAAAAACUUUCUCCAGGUAUUAUGGUGGAAAGGAAUAGGUAUCUAUCAACUUUCCAUUCUAAGGGAAAUUUCUCGCAGUGCAGAUCUGUUGCUCUAAGGCUGCUGCAAAAAGGAAAAGAGAAAUGCACCAAUGAAAAUUGUUAUGUAGGAUCCAUUUUCACACCAAAGCUUAGAGGAAAGUUUUUGGCGACGGAAAAUUUCUUUUACACGUCAAAGUUCUUCGGUCUAGGAUCGAGAGCUUUUCUAUCAGAUCUAGUGGUGGCUGGUGAGGAAUUCUGUGGUGAGGACUGGUUGAAGUUGAAAAAGAGAUACAAGCAAUUCAAUGAAGAAGACUUGCCACGCUAUUGCUUCUCAUCAGCAUAUAUCGUGGCCCUACUUCACGACAGUCUUGGAAUUGCUUUAGAGGAUCAGAGUAUCACUGCUGCAACACAUGUGAACAACAUGCCACUCGAUUGGGCAUUGGGAGCUUUCAUCUUGCAAAGCACAGCUGCGAUAGAGUCGAUUGUGCCGAUAGAGUCAGAGUCAGAGCAAUGGGAUUGGAUUGCAGCAAUCAUCGGCCACGAGUCUCCCAGUCUGCUCUCGCUUAUUGCGGUAUCAAUUCUGUUGUUGUUUAUAGCAUGGUCUGUGUCAAAGUGGAGGAAACCUCAGUUAAAGACGAUUUACGAUCUAGAGAAAGGACGGUACAUAGUGACCCGUGUGAGUAAAUGCUGACUGAAACCAGUUUACUACUAACUUUCCUGGAUGGUCUAGUGACAGGGAAAGAACACAAACACCUACACUACUACAUUAAUUAUAAUACAAAAUUCAGCCUCAGUAUAGUGUCCAUAGAAGACCAACCUGUAAGUCCAGGUAGUUGUUUGAGAUUGUAUAUUCUGUGAUUUUCAUUCACAUCUCAUGUAGACUACCAACUGUUCUAGAAAAAGCUUCUCUUUCAGCAUAGCGCGGGAGCACGGGCUGCCGUUGCCGUUUUGGAGUUAGGGCGAAAUGGAAUUAAUUGUAGGAUUCGAUCGAUUCCCUUUACGUUUAGAAGAUGUUGUUUUGAUGUAUUAUGACUGAUUUUAUGAUGAAAUUUAGAUGUGCUUUCUGUGUCGAUGUUGUGGGAGAUUCUAUGUUUUUAGUUUCUCCCAAGGAGAGGAAGAGAUGGUUUUGAAUUUUUCUUCA